AUGGCGGGCUCGCGAACUCGUGGGCGGGAGCGCUCGCCGUCGCGGCCUCAUGGGGUGCGACGCGAUCCGCCGUCGCGACUCCCGUCGCCAUCUCCUGCGCUCUGGCCUGACGUGGCGCGGGGUUCGCGCUCCCAGGCGUCGUCUCCGCGCCGUCGGUCCCCGCAAGGGGGAUCUCCUCGUCGGCAGGAAUCCCCCCGUCAGGCCUCCCCGUGCCCUGCGUCGCCUCGUCGCCCGUCUCCGCAACCGCGAAAUCAGGGAGGCGGCAGCGGACAGUCACGUUCCCGCCGUGCUCCUUGCCGCUGGCGUGUUCAACAGCCUGCUCCGGCUGUGGCGGCGGUGACGGCAGCCGCGACUGCGGCCGUGACUGCCGCCGUGGAGCGCGUGCUGGACGGCCUGGAUGAGAGGGUGCGCUCGCGGGCGCGUCCAGAUGCCCUAGUUGUGCCGUCCGUGAGUCAGCUGCAUCCCCAACUCGACUUGGCACCACAUCCUCCUGCCGCUGUACCCAUUCUACCUGCCCCUCCCCCAGUAAUCCCCUCGCAGCAGCUCCUCCCUCAGCAGCCUCUUCACCAGCAGCUCCCCCUUCAGCAACUACCACCGCAUGCACUCCCCGACACGCAGUCCCUGGUUGGGCAGCCCACCGUGGUCCCUCAUCCCCUGCGCCUCCCGCCUGGGGUAUGGUGUGCACCUCCGGGGGGCGGGCCCCCUGUGUAUCAGACGUUUGCGGAGGCUGGGGAUGGCCGUAGAGUUGAGCUCCCCCUGUACAGAAUGCCCCCGCCUCCUCCCUCGCUACACCAGCAGCCUCCAGCGGCGCAGUCAGGGGCUCUCCCGGGCCCACGUGAGCAGGCGGUGGGAGCCGCAGCGGUGACGGUGGCGGGGGCUGCGUCUCCUCCUGCCUCUCCCACUCGGCGGUCUGCCGCUCGCCGGCACUCGGGGAUCCGCGUGGCUCCUCGAGUGACGGUUGGUGGGCUACCUCGCCGCCGUGCAGACGCUCCCCGGCUGCUGGAGGUGGAGGGGCACGUUCUUGUUCGUCUCGGCCACGUGAUGUCGUAUGUGCAAGUCGUUGGCCUGAUGAUCGACACUGCUGCUGCGGCUCUUGAGGAUGUGCCUGUGGAGGCGAGCGUGAUGAAUCACGCACAGAUGCGGGCGUGUCGUGAUGGUGCGUGGGUGCUGCAGCAUGAGAUGGAGCGGGCUGAAAUGGAGCCUGGAGGCGCGAGCCGUUGUCACCAGAGAAGAAACUUGAACUAA